UCUGAUAUCAGACAGUAGCAGACUACCUAGCAAAUAAAACAAUAUUUAGUACGUAGGUGUUGAACAAUCAAUAAUGUAUUACAAAGUAAAUAAACUAAAAUAUUAAAACGUAUUUUCCUCGUAACAAAUAGCUGUGAGCUGCAUAUCGUACAAUUUUGAUACCCAAAAAACCAUCGCAGGAUGUUUAUUUCGUGGCCUAAAACGGCUUGGCUCUACCUAUAUUCAUUACAAUCCAGCCGUUGUCGUUGAAAACGACAGGAGGCCCAUACAGACAUGGGCCACCCUGCAAAACGGGACUACGAUCAGAACUGCAACUGGCCACCAGAUGCAGCUGAUUGUCUGACCCUUGAGUUUGGACCGUUUGAGACCGUCCAUCGAUGGACUCGCAUGCCAGAAUGCGAUGAAUUCGUGGGCGCCAGACGCAGCAAACACACGGUUGUAUCCUUCAAGGAUGCAAUCUAUGUGUUUGGGGGUGAUAAUGGGAAAACCAUGCUCAAUGAUCUCUUGCGAUUCGACGUCGAGGAGAAAUCAUGGGGGCGUGCUUUUGUCACUGGCACUCCACCUGCGCCUAGAUAUCAUCACUCGGCAGUCGUUCAUGACUCGUCCAUGUUUGUAUUCGGAGGCUACACGGGCGAUAUUCAUUCAAAUUCAAAUUUAACAAACAAAGAUGACCUGUUCGAAUAUAAAUUUCAAACUGGUCAAUGGAUUGAAUGGAAAUUUGAAGGAAGAACACCAGUCCCUCGAUCUGCUCAUGGCGCCGCGGUAUAUGAUGGAAAGUUGUGGAUCUUUGCGGGGUAUGAUGGCAAUGCUAGACUCAACGAUAUGUGGACCAUAUCUCUUCAACGCGGGAGUAUGCAUGAACGCUGUUGCUGGGAAGAAGUGAUUCAAUCUGGAGAGUGUCCCCCAACCUGCUGCAAUUUUCCUGUUGCCGUGGCGCGAGAAUCAAUGUUUGUUUUCAGCGGUCAAAGUGGUGCAAAGAUUACCAACAGUCUCUUCCAAUUCCACUUCAAGAGCAGAUGCUGGAACCGCAUCUCUACAGAGCACAUUUUGCGCGGCGCUCCACCGCCGCCGGCCCGCCGCUAUGGUCACACGAUGGUCACCUUCGACCGCCACCUGUACGUGUUUGGCGGUGCUGCAGACUCCACCCUGCCCAACAACUUGCAUUGCUACGAUCUGGACACGCAGACCUGGUCGGUGGUGAGCAUCGCUCAGGACUCCAACAUCCCGUCGGGGCGGCUCUUCCACGCGGCCGCGGUCGUAGGCGAGGGAAUGUUCAUAUUCGGAGGCACCGUAGACAACAAUGUGCGCAGUGGUGAAAUGUACCGGUUUCAGUUUUCAUGCUAUCCGAAAUGCACGCUUCAUGAAGAUUUUGGCAAACUGCUGGAGUUGAGACAGUUCUGUGACGUGGACUUCCUGGUGGGAGUGAAUGAAGUGAGGAUACCUGCUCACCUAGCAAUGGUCUGUGCUAGAUCGCAGUGGCUGAAAAAUCGCGUAGUCCAGGCUAAAGAAGAGCGAGAAGCUCAUUAUGAUAAGGUGUUUAGUCCACAAGUGCGGAAUGAUCUACCGUUGAGAUCUUUACCUCUUCUUGAAGUGAGAUUGAGAGAUGCUGUCCCAGAAGCUUUUGAAAUGGUUCUCAGUUACAUCUACACGGACCGUAUUGACCCAACUAAAAGGAAAGAACCUCACAGCAACAGAAUCGUUCAAUUGAUGAUGGAUGUGUACAGACUGGCUGUACAAUUUCACAUGACCAGACUUGAAAAACUAUGUGUGAGAUACUUAGAGGCUACCAUCACCCAUCACAAUGUAUUGGAAGCACUGCACAAUGCAUCUCUAUUGAAGCUCUGCUACAUCAAAGAGUUCUGCUUGAAGUAUAUCGUCAAGGAAAAUAACUACGGUCAAAUUAUAAUGAGCAAGGAUUUCGAGAGUCUUGAACGCGGACUGAUGGUUGAGGUUAUUAGAAGGCAGCGCGCUCCACAAAUGAAACCACUUCCAGAGCCUACAUUCGAAUUCAGUUUCGACGCUCUAGGUAGUUCUAGUUUGGAGCAAGAUAUGGAGGCGUUUUUGAAGUAUACUGGGUCUGAAUUCUGCGAUAUCAUUCUAAUGUUGGAUGGCGAACCCGUUCCUUCUCACAAGUCAGUACUCGCAGCGCGCUGCAGCUACUUUGAGGCUUUAUUUCGUUCUUUCAUGCCUGAAGAUAACAUCGUCAACAUUCAAAUAGGAGAGAGUAUUCCAUCAAGACAAGCAUUCGACUCACUUCUGAGAUACAUCUAUUAUGCCGAUGUGAAGAUGCCACCAGAAGACUCCCUGUAUUUGUUCAGCGCUCCAUACUUCUAUGGAUUCACCAACAACAGACUCCAGGCAUUUUGCAAGCAGAACUUGGAAAUGAACGUGACUGUUGAGAAUGUCCUCCAGAUCCUUGAGGCAGCUGAUCGCAUGCAAGCAUUGGACAUGAAGAAAUAUUCAUUGAAACUCAUAGUUCACCAUCUACCAAAAUGUCUAUGUGUACACCGAAAGCGGAAGCGGCAGGAAAAAAUGCUUCAAAAUUCCAGAGAAGACAGGAUAAACCUGAAAUAUUGACUGAAGUAUUUUGACUUGGAAAGAAAAUUCACGAUGAUAAUUCUACGACAUGAAGAACUUAUUUAGGAAAACUAUCUCUGAGAAGACUUGAACUGAUCAUAAAUUUCAAAUUUACAGUAAUUAUCAAGUUUAAUAUUAAAUUCUUAUUAAGUGUUAAAUCCUUAUAAAUCCAAAAUUUCAAGUUUCUUCGUUUUUGGACAGAAAAUUGGACUUGACCCUACGUUGGUCGACGGUUCACCCUUAGUACCUUUAUGCUCUAGUUAUUUAAAAAUCAUCCCUAUUGUCCUAAAACUUCAUAUAGCUGUCAGUUAUAAGGUUUGCCGCGGUUUAUGUUGAGGAAAGCACGUUUUCAGCAAAUAAGCUGCGUCACUAAUAUCAGGUAACAGUGUACUGUAACAUGACCGUUUUAGUAACACACUUAUUUUUCGAGAUUUAUCACGUUUUUAUGCUUUCAUUAAUGUUACCUGUUGCUAAGAUAUGCUCGAUUGUUAUUUUAACUUCUCGCCUUAACAUUUUUGGAAUCAUGCUGGGAGUAUAUUCUUCCACAUUAAAUUCAACUAUCUCCAUCCUCUUAUAAACAAUCUAUUUCUAAAUAAAAUGUAGAGAUAAUUUGUUUGAAAGCGAAAUACCACUGAUGUCAUAUAAAUUAUGUAGGAUUUCCUUGAGAAAUAACUUUCCAUGCAAAAGUACAUGUUGAAAAGUAAAAAUAUUGAUUGAAAGAAGAUGAUUCACCGUCCAGUGUUGACCAAUGACAUGAUUUUUGAUGACGACGAACGUAGGGUUGAAUUCAUUAAAAGUGAAUUUAUUACCUAUCUUUUGGAAAUAUUUAUAAUUUUUUGGAGAAGAGCAGUUUUGGGCUAAGCAUACUGAUCUCUCCUAGUAAUUGAUCUGUAUGAUCUGUAAUUGUAUAAAUAAAUGAAAGAAUUGAUGGAAAUAUUGAAAGUUACAUUAGAAAUAAAAGUUUAUAUAUAAGGCCAGUUUAUUCCAAAGAGCUCCAAAUUUAUUAAUUGAUCUGAAAUUGUGAGUUAUCAGAACACGGUGGAUUGAUAAAUUAAAUGUACCUAUUCCGUGAAAGACUGAUUCAACCAAAAAUUACAAGCUGUAUUAAAAAUCAUUGUCGUAGUAUAUUAUUAGGUCUUCAUUUCAAGUAAUAUCUUAAUAUUUCUCAUAUGUGUAAUACAGAAGUUGAUUACACCUUGGUAUUAGUUUUCCUAGUAUUAUCCAUAAUGUUUUACACUUGCAUCUAGUUUACAUCACUGUCUAGUGAAAUCUAGUUCAGUCAAAAGUUUUGAGAAUUUACCGUUUUAGAAUUGGUACUAUACUUCCUAUGAAGACUGAUUAUUGGCGGAUUAUGGUACAAAAGAGAUUUGAAAUAGAAAUGUACAGUUUUCUCAUUUUGAUUGUAUACUACUUUCAUAAAUUCACUGAUAUUAAAGGAAUAUAAUUGAAGUGCACAAGUUUACACUGUUGGAUUUGAUGAUUUUUUUUUAUAUGAACACUGAUUAGAGUGUUUUAUUCAAGUAUAAAAAGAUACUGUAGAUAAGGCCCAUUCACUUCAAUGUACAGACUGAGUGUUCAGAUACAGAUGUCUACUUGAAUGUUUCAGAAUUAGAAAAAAAUUCAGAGCAGAUUUAUUUAUGUAUCAUUACAAUAUAUUUACAUUUAAAGCACAAAUUUUAAUUAAAAAUAUUGCAGUAUUGGUUUUUUGCUUCACGGAGCUCUCACUCCAAAUAGCGAUUCUCAGGAUUACAAUAAAAUAAAAUAAUAAUUCCAAGGAACGCCUUAGUAUAAGUAAGUAUAGUAUAAGAUGCAAGUAUUCUAUUCAACCAUCAUACGCAUUUUUAUAUAAGUAUUAUUUAAUAAAUAAUAUAACUGAUACUUUUUGUUUGCUAUAAUAUAAUUUACUGUAUUAGUAUUUCUAUAAACUAUUUUCCUUGAAAUUAUAUUUGUUUCAGCUUACCUAGAACGUAUUUCCUUGAUGUUAGAUUCUGAAAUUGAAAAAAAAAA